CUUUUCCCUUUAAUAUUUCCUUUUUUUUAAAAAAAAACAAAACAAAACAAACAUCCUAUGGUCUUAGGACCCCAUCCUCGAUGGUCCAAUGUUGAACCUCUUCUCAUAGAUGGGCUAUAAUAGCCGCCACAACAGCAUAUUUUUCACGACGCGGCAAACCGCGCCUCUUCCUAAUCUAUGGUCGCUGACGCAACACAUAGUUUUCAUCUCGUGGGAGAUCGUAUGCCGCUCCCGAGGCCAGUUGUCCAAUAGUAUCCCGCCAAAUCUUGAGAGCGCUCCGAGAAGAUAACUAUGGGAUUAUAUAAUUACUUCUUAGCCGAUAGGCCACCGAAGAAAAAGAGGGAAGUACCACCACCUCUCCCGCUCAGACCGCGAAGAGGACUCUGGGCAGAGAAUUUGGCCGCGCAUGCGCUGGAUAUAGACGACUUCGAUUUCAAUCUCCCGCCGUCAACUUUCGGCUCGUCGAGAAAUUCAAUAUCGGGCCAUUCCACGCGGUCGCGUAGCAGCUCGCUAUUUGUGGACGACAUAAAACACGAAGUAAUGGUCAAUUAUUUGUACCAACAACAGUGUUCCCGCUUGUGGGUGAGCGAGGGAACCGGUGAACUUGAGGGUGUCCUACUUCGUAGAACCCGGGGAGCAUAUAGGGCCUGCCCGCCCGCCCUGUCGCAUUCGACGCUCGCGAUGGCUUGUACUGCCCUAAAUAUCCAGUGCGCCAUGACUGUAAACUCUAGAGUAAUCAGGACUUUCUUGUCAUGGUCUCCGGAGGCGGUGGACGUGCCAUUGAUGAACGGUCUCCGAAUCCAGAUCGUGCCGACAAUUGAUGACUUAGCGAGAGCAAGAAAACAUCAUUUUGCCGCUUUUGUUGCUUCAGAAGCCAUGUUGGUUGUCUGGGAUGAUGAUGCGCUCCACCUGGUGCAACGAGCUGCGGCUAUCGAGUCGGAGUUGAUGGAACUGGUCUGGAAGACUGGUCGAGUCAAAGAGGGGAGCGAUGAGAAAAAGCCUGGGACCGUCGUCAGGGAAUCCGAAGUAGACGAAGAGAGUGGCCGGGUCAACCUCGAAAAAAGGCCGGUUCAUCUGCUAAAUGCGUGCCUCAUCUCCAUGGUAAUUAUCCUCGUUGUACUCACGUUAGGAGCCGCAUGGAGACAGCUUGCGAUUGAGAUAACUGUCGAUGGAAACUACGCGCGAUUAGGCCUCGUAUGCCUUCUUCUAAUCCAAGUUUUCUUUUCUCUUUUUUUCGCCCAAGUCAUGGUUGGAUGUUUGGCCCAGAUGUUUGGGCCAAUCCGUCAGCUCACCGUCAACUCCAAAUACUUUUCCGCCAUACCACCGCCGAGGUUAAGAACCCCGACGCUGCCACAUGUAACGGUACAAUGCCCAGUUUACAAGGAAGGUCUCCAGGCUGUGAUACAGCCAACCGUCCGAUCUAUAAAACAAGCCAUCAGCACGUAUGAACUACAAGGUGGCUCUGCGAACCUAUUCAUUAACGAUGACGGUCUUCAACUUAUCUCAGAGGAAGAACGGCAAGCUCGUAUUGACUUUUAUUCCGAUAAUAGUAUAGGUUGGGUUGCUCGACCUAAACACGGCGAGAAUGGGUUUCAACGUCGCGGCAAAUUCAAGAAGGCCUCUAACAUGAAUUUUGCACUUAUGAUCUCAUGUAAAGUGGAAGAGAAGUUAUCCGUGUACGAUCGCGGUCCCGACUGGUCGCAAACCGAUGAAGCCAUUGCCUAUGAAAAGGCACUGAAAGACGUACUCGAAGAGGAUGGGCGGGCUUGGGCCGAUGGCAACAUCCGGGUCGGUGACUACAUUCUUAUUGUCGACUCUGAUACGCGUGUCCCCUCUGAUUGCCUUUUGGAUUCCGUCUCUGAAAUGGACCAGUCUCCCGAAGUCGGUAUCUUGCAAUUUUCGUCCGGCGUCAUGCAAGUCGUCCAUACCUACUUCGAGAAUGGCAUUACGUUUUUCACCAACCUUAUCUACAGCGCUAUUAGAUAUACUGUGGCCAACGGCGAUGUCGCGCCAUUCGUUGGCCACAACGCUAUCCUCCGUUGGAGUGCGAUUCAACAAGUUGCAUACGAGGACGAGGACGGCUAUGAGAAAUAUUGGUCUGAAUCCCACGUGUCCGAGGAUUUCGAUAUGUCACUUCGCCUCCAAUGUGACGGGUAUAUCGUUCGUUUGGCUGCGUGGGCGGGUGACGAAUUCAAAGAAGGCGUCUCUUUGACCGUAUAUGAUGAAUUGGCCCGGUGGGAAAAAUAUGCUUACGGCUGUAACGAAUUACUCUUCCAUCCAAUUCGCAAAUGGCCUUGGGAGGGCCCCUUCACACCUUUAUUCCGCCGAUUCCUCGGCUCCAGCAUCCGCCUUACAUCUAAAGUCACCAUUCUCUCAUAUAUCGGUACCUAUUAUGCCAUCGGCGCCGCAUGGAUCAUGACAUCUGCCAAUUAUUUUAUUAUGGGCUGGUUCAAUGGUUACUUGGACAAGUACUAUAUCGAUUCUUGGCAAGUCUGGUUCUCUAUCAUCAUUGUCUUCAAUGGUCUCGGAAACGUCGCUUUGGCCAUCAUGAGAUAUCGUGUCGGAGAACGUACUCUCGGAUACGCCCUUUACGAGAACUUUAAGUGGACGUUCCUCUUGGCUAUCUUUUUGGGGGGUCUCUCCCUUCACCUCAGCCAAGCGCUCGUAUGUCAUAUGCUGGAAAUCGAUAUGAGCUGGGGAGCAACUUCAAAAGAGGCCGAGUUCUCUAACUUCUUUAUAGAAGUACCGAAGGUGAUAAAGAAGUUUAAAUUCUCCAUGAUUUUCUCUCUCGUAUUUCUCGUGGCUAUGAUCAUCAUUGCCGUCGCACCGUUUGUUCCCAACAAUUGGCGGAUAACGGACUUCGUCGCUAUCUUACCUAUGGCCACCGUCGCAAGCAGUCAUUUCUUAUUGCCACUCGCAUUAAAUCCGGCGCUUAUGACAUUUUCAUGGUGAUCAACCAACCAUUACAAAUAUAUAUCUGAGCCGCUGGCUUGGGAAUAAUACAGA